AUGGAUAUAACUACAGUUUUUGGUUUGAAUUAUAAUGAAGGAAGGAGCAAUUCACCUGCUGAUACUAUAAACCAAUGGAGUGAAGGAUUAGUUAACAACAAAGGCAAAACUGAUGCAUUGUCGGCGGUAAAAUUGGACCCGGCAGUAUUGGAAGCUCAAGUAACCAUUGAUACGGUUCCCAAUACACCCAAUUACGGAUCCGAAGGGUCCUUUAACGAGCAGACCGUGGAAAAAGAACCAUCGCAAAUGAACUUUGAAGAGACGUUGAUUAAUUUGCAAGAAAACUCUCUGCUCAACCUGUCAUCGCAGCAAUGCGCUCUCCUGCUGAUCUACGUGAAUAACCUGAGGAGGCAACGUAUCCAGUUUCAGAACCAUGGUGAAUGCGCUUUCUGCAAGAGCAGCGGCCAGUCUGCUAUGUGCUACACGAGCCACAGCCUGAGGGACGGGAGCGGGAGGAUCCGGUGCCCGAUGCUGCGCGCCCUCAGAUGCCCACGAUGCGGGGAGAGCGGGGAUCGGGCGCACACGCCGAAAUACUGCCCCAUCAAGAGGAGA